CAUAACUUCUUGUCCAAGCGACUUCAAAGUGAAGAGCAGCGAGCAAUUAAUGCAUGCUCUGUUUGAGGAUCUGCUAGAGAUUAUAUAGAGUCAGGAAAGAGAGGAUCCAUGGAAGAAUCACAAGGCUUUUCGAUCACCUGUGAGGAGCAUGAACAGCUGAUAUCCAAGUUGAAGGAUUGGAGAAGAAGGUCGGGGAUCAAAGCUCCGAAGAUUGAAGUCAGGUUCGAGGAUUUGUCAGUGGAGACCGAGGUCCAUGCUUCGGGGAGAGUUCUUCCCACCCUUCCGAAUGUCAUCAUCAAUACUGCUCAGGAACUUCUGGGAUGGCUAAAAUUGUAUGAUACAAAUUGGAGGCGUGUCAAAGUGCUAAGUGAUUUGAAAGGAACUGUAAAGCCAUCUAGGAUGACACUUGUGCUAGGAUCUCCAGGAUCAGGAAAGUCGACGUUUUUUAGAACACUUUCUGGGAAACUAGAUCCUAGUUUAAAAGUCACAGGGAAAGUCACAUACAAUGUACAGAAGAUGAAUCGCUACAUCUCACAAAGGAUGUGUGCAUAUGUUAGUCAACUUGACACCCAUCAAGCUGAGAUGACAGUGAAGGAGACCAUGGAGUUCUCUAGGAAGAUGUUAAAUGCCAGAGAUGAAAUAGGCAAUGAUCUAUGUCUUAAUUUAAUUGUUGCUUCCCUUUUAACAUCGCAAUGAAAAGAGUAAAGCACAACCAUUAGACUAAGCUUUGCUGCUCCUAGAUGAUGAUUUAAUAAGAGGAA